AAUAUUUGAAAUAUCAAGAGAGAGAGAGAGAGAGAGAGAGAGAGAGAGAGAGAGAGAGAGAGAGAGAGAUGCACUACCCAAGCUACACCUUAGAGAGGGAGAUCAGCAACUUCAUUAAGGUAUGGAUUUCAGUAGUUGUCUCUUUAUGCUACUGCUAUUUUUCAGCCAAGUUCAUCCCAAAAGGUAUGCCCAGGCUUCUCUCAAUCAUCCCUAUUGUCUCUCUCUUCUUUGCCCUUCCUCUCAAACUUCACUCCGUCAACCUUUGUGGCCCCACCGCUUUCGCCAUAGCCUGGCUUUCCAAUUUCAAACUCCUCCUCCUUGCCUUUGGCAAAGGCCCUCUCUCCCACCCUUCUCUCUCUCUCCCCCAUUUCACUGCUAUUGCUUGUUUCCCUAUCAGGAUCCAACAAAACCCACCUCCGAAAUCCCAUGCAAAUCUAGAAAAUUCACUGACAUCUCAAAAUAGAGACAACCCAUAUCCAUUAGAUCAAGAUGGCCACCAUAGCCAAAACCCACCUCCAAAAGGUCAUAAUAGAGAAAAUCCAAAUCCCAGAAUCACACAAAAUGGAAACACAUCGAUUUGGAGUUAUGCUAUAAAGGUUGUUUUUCUAGCCUUGUUUUGGCCUUUUUACGAGUAUAGUGACCACAUACACCCAAAUGUCAUGUGGGUCAGUUACUGCUUCCACAUCUACUUCACGUUGGAAAUCUUACUAGCCACUGCAGCAGCCGCGGCUCAAGCCCUAUUCGGGCUAGAGCUUGAGCCGCAAUUCGACAAGCCGCACCUCUCGACCUCUGUCCAGAACUUCUGGGGCAGGAGAUGGAACCUCGUUGCAUCCCGAUCCCUGCGUUCCACCGUAUACGAGCCCACGCUAUGCAUAUGGGCGCAAGUCAUAGGCCGGAAGUGGGCGUCGCUUCCGGCCGUCAUGUGCACGUUCGUAGUCUCGGCCCUAAUGCACGAGAUUAUAUUCUACUACAUGGGCCGCCUGCAGCCGACGUGGGAGGUCACACGGUUCUUUCUUCUCCACGGGGCGUGCGUGGUGGCGGAGAUUUGGAUCAAGAAGGUGGUUAAGGACAGGUGGCGGUUGCCUCGGUUGAUCUCAACGCCGAUGAGCGUCGGAUUCGUGAUGGUUACCGGGUUUUGGCUGUUUAUUCCGCAGUUGUUGAGGUGCAAAAUUUACUUCAGAGCAUCUGAAGAGUAUGCGGUGUUGGGAGCGUUUGUGAAGGACGUUGUUGCUGGUGUUGUCAAAAGUUGUACGUAUUAGUUUACAGUUUGAAUGGAAUGGGAAUUAAAGAUCUCCCCAUCCCAGGAGUUCAAUAAUUAUUCGGCAAUUUCUUGUAAUUAUUCGGUGUUCUUGAGCUUCACCACGUGGUGUCGCAAGCUUUUCUCUACCGUUGUGUUGAGGCUCAUGUACUUUAUGAUUACUAGAGGGAUGACACACACUAUGU